AUGUGCUUUUUUGCAGGAGGGUUAAAGUACUCAGAACAAGGCUAUGGAAUCAGUACCACACAACUCAAUUCGUCGUUGUUGACAAUUAGUGUCAUUGCGGUUCUCCUGCCGGCGGCUUUCCACUUCUCAGCUGACCCAGCAGUAGAUAACCCAACUGAGGCAGCGGACAUUGUGUCAGCCAGCCAUGGUGUAGGUUCUGCCUUCUUCCUUCGGACAAAGGCAUUGACCACGUUCGCAGUAUACUGUGGCUACCUAUAUUUCCAACUUUACUCGCACGCCACAUUGUACUCGAACGACAACGCCAUUCAGUCAACAAAAUACGUAAAGAAGGGCAAGGAAGAGAGGGAUGCAGCCGAAACAUUCGUUGCAAAGACAAAGGCAGCAGCGACUGGGUUAUUCAACGAGAGGACGAAGAAGGGUAUCACCUUUGGUGGUCGUCCCAGCGCUAGCCUUCGUCCCGUCGGCCGCACACUCACUGCCUCGGAUAUUGACGAACCUCAGGGAAUUAAUUUAGAGGAAACCCCGGCGGAAGAGGAGGAGGAGGCUCUGCCUCAAAUGACAGCCUGGAUGACCAUUCUUCUAUUGGCUGUCGUGAUUGUGCUUGUGACCAUAACCGCUGAUUGGCUGGUUGGCUCGAUCAGUGGCCUUACGGAAACCCACGGCAUCAGCAAUGAGUUCGUUGCAGUGAUUCUCCUGCCUAUUGUGGGGAAUGCCGCUCAGCAUCUAACGGCCGUUACCGUUUCAGUGAAAGAUAAGUUGACAUUGGGUUUAAGUGUCGCCGUUGGCUCUAGCAUUCAAAUCGCUCUCUUUGUCAUUCCCCUUAUUGUAAUCUUGGGCUGGAUCAUGGGAAAGCCAAUGACUCUACUGUUUGACCCUUAUGAAUCAGUAACCAUGUUUCUUGCAGUUCUCACCGUCAACUAUGUGGUGCAGAAUGGUAAAUCGAAUUGGCUAGAUGGCCUCAUCCUUAUGGGUCUAUAUGUUAUCCUCGCUGUCACAUUUUGGUAUUACCCAGGUUCCGAUCCCUUCGGCGUGCUCGCUACUUGCCAUUAA